GGUGAUACAGCAAGAUGGCGUCUGACGGAGAAGUCCUAAACGCGGGCAUUAUAUUUCUGUAUUCUUACAUAAAUGUUGUUUAAUAGAGUACACACGGUUAACAAUUGUUUGUAGCCGGAUACAUUAGUCUGAGCGCACUUUGACACUUCUCCUGUUUGAUAGCUUCACUUAAGGUAGCUUGCAGCCAGUUUAGCUGGCUAGUUAGCUUAGCUUGUUAGCUGCUAACAAAGAGACGCGGAAGUUAUUCAAACAUCGCUAAGUAGGGAACUAAUGUGAGUGUAAAGUGUUGUGAUUGUGUGAAAAUGUGCGAAAGAACGACAGCAAAGUACGAGGAGGAGUUUUCUCCAACAACAAAGGAGAAGGAGCGACAACAUCAACUACUGGAUGUUUAUUAUAAGAAACAUCAUCAAGUUGUGUUACACAGAACAGGCCACUUGCCCUUCCUCCUGUGUCACUGGUCUGAUGUCUCUCCUGAUUGCCUGAUUGUGCCCACCUGUGUCACCCUCCCUCAUGUGUAUACAGUCCUCGUCUUCCCCUGUCUUGUUGCCAGAGUAUGUCGUCUUGCCACGUACCCCCAGCCUUGUCCACAGCCUUGCCCACAGCCUUGUCUACAGCCUUGUCCACAGCCUUGUUCACAGCCUUGUCCACAGCCUUGUUCACAGCCUUGUCCACAGCCUUGUCCACAGCCUUGUCCACAGCCUUGUCCACAGCCUUGUCCACAGCCUUGUUCACAGCCUUGUUCAUAGCUUUGUCCACAGCCUUGAACCAGACGUCUGUGAAGAACUUCUGCUUGAAAAACAGGAGUGUAGCUUCAGUAUGGUGAAGGGGGAUCCUUCAAAGAGGAGGGCCAGGUGCCACGGACCCUCUGGCGUCACCUUUUCCUCCUUGACACAGACCCUUCCCUGUAAAAAGGAAGAGGAAGACUCACUGACCCCCCACAUUAAAGAGGAAGCGAUGGAACACAGCAUCAGUCAGGACGGGGAUCAUUUUGAAGGACUGGUGGAGUUCCCAGUGACUGGUGUCCUUGUGAAGAGGGAAGAUGAUGAGGUCAAAAGUGAAAGUGAGGAAAAGAGAGAGGCGGAGCCUCCAAGCAGCAGCUCAACACAACACAUGACAACAGAAGCUGAUGGAGACCACUGUGGAGGAUCACAAGCAGACAAGCUCUUAGCUCCACUAUCAGAUAGUGAGGACACAACGUCCUACUCUCCUGACACUGAUGAUGAAGACUCUAAAGAGUUAUGUCACACUGACAACACUCACUUCAAAUAUUCUCACUGUGACCAAAGCUUUAAAAAACAUUGUCAUCUGAAAAGACACAUGAAAACACACACUGGAGAUAAACCUGUUUCUUGUUCAAUCUGUGGCUUAUCUUUUACAAGGAAGGACAAUAUGAAAGAUCACACAAGAACACAAAGGAGAAAAAAACUUUUCGUUUUCUUUGUGUGAUUCGAGAUAUGCACGAUGUCGAGAUUUGAAAAAACACCUGAAAAGACACACUGGAGAAAACCUUUUUAUGUGUUCUGUGUGUAAUUCAAGUUUUGUCAAAGAUGAACAUUUGAAAAGAUACAUGAGAACACACACAGGAGAAAAAACAUUUCACCGGUUCACUUUGUAGUAAAGGUUUUUGCACAAAGUCACAAUUUAAAAGUACACAUGAGAGCACACACUGGUGAAAAACCUUUUUCCUGUUCAAUCUGUGGUAAAGGUUUUACACACAGUCAGAGUUUGAAAGAACACAUGACAAUACACAGUGGAGAAAAACCCUUUUCCUGUUCAAUUUGUGGUGAAGAUUUUGUUCGUCGACAGUCUGUAAAAGUACACAUGAGAACGCACACUGGUGAAAAACCUUUUUGUUGUUCAAUCUGUGGUAAAACUUUCACAGAAAGUCGUUGUUUGGAUAGACACACACGAUCGCACACUGGUGAAAAAGCUUUUACCUGUUCAAUCUGUGGUAAAGGUUUUACAAAAAGUCAAUAUUUGAAAGUACACAAGAAAACACACACUGGUGAAAAACCUUUUUUCUGUUCAAUCUGUGGUAAAGGUUUUACAGAAAGUCAGAAUGUGAAAAGACACAUGAGAACACACACUGGUGAAAAAUUACAUUCCUGUUCAAUCUGCAACAAAAGCUUUUGUGAACGAUCAUACCUUGCAGCACACAUGAGAACACACUCAGGAGAGAAAGUGUUGAGUUGCAGUGUGUGUGGUGAAAGGUUCUCUUCUAAGUACCAGUGUAAGAAACACAAGUGUGCUGGUGAGAACAGCAGCAGCAAAUGAAACUGCAGGAUUUGAAAAAAUGGUCAUAUUAGUGCUUAUUUCAGUCGUGUACAUGCAUUAAUAUGCAACAAUAUGUAUUGUUAUUAAAAAUUGAACAGAACAAUUUGACUUAAAAGGUGAGAGUAAACACUACAACACAUAGUUUACAUACAGUCAACAUUUUAUGUGUAUAUACAUCCAUCAGAAAAUGUUAGACUUAUUCGUAUUUGAGUUUUUAUAGGUAAUUGAAAUAUUGAAGUGUGACAUAAAUUAGCACCCUUAUAUGACAUACAUAUUUACUGGUUCACAUCUGAAACAUCUUCUGGACCACUUCAGGAAUCAUAUCGUUAUUUACUUUAUACAUCAUUUGAACAGUUGUCUUUUAUACAAUUUCAAAAAUGUUUGACUUUAUGAACUAUUUGUUGGGUCUCUAUAAUCCAUUGUAUUAAUGAUCUUUAUUGCUCUCUUUUCUAAUAUGAUGAUUGUGUUGUGAUUGUUUUAUAUGUAUGUCUCCAGACCUUUAUGCAAUAUAAAAGUGAGAGAAAACAACUGAAA